AGAUCUAUUUCUUCUCCACAUCAACAAUUCUCACUCACCGAUGGCGAUCCACCAAAGCCAACCGAUAUCCACCGCAGACCUAUUCGGAGAUCCAAUCGAUUCCCACCCAUCGUGGUUCAACCAAUCAGCAUUCCUAGACCCAGGUUUCAACUCCGAAUCCUACAUUAACGAUCUUCGAACCUUCGUCCCACUCGAAACUCUAAGAUCCGAACUCCAAUCGUAUCUCUCAUCACUUAAACACGAAUUAGUGGAAUUAAUUAACCGAGAUUACGCUGAGUUCGUUAACUUAAGUACUAAUCUUGUUGAUGUUGAUGCUGUCGUGUUGCGAAUGCGUGCACCGUUGAUUGAAUUCCGUGAGAAGAUAUUAGGGUUUCGCGGAGCCGUUGAAAGUUCGUUGGUUUCGUUGCAAAGUGGUUUGAAACAACGAGCUGAUGCUUCUGCCGGUAGAGAGAUUUUGGAACUAUUGAUUGAUACUUCUCAUGUUGUUUCCAAGGUUGAGAAACUAAUCAAAGAGUUGCACAGUGUGCCUGUUGAUGGAUCAAAUGGAGAUCUACACAACGCAGAAAAGAGCCAUCUAAGUAAUGGUGUCUCUAUACAACAUGCUGAAAUUGGAAUGAACCUCAGGGAAACCCAAAGCAUGCUUUUGGAGAGAAUCGCUAGCGAAAUGAACAGGCUAAAGUUCUACUUUGCUCAUGCCAAGAACCUGCCUUUUAUUGAGAACAUGGAAAAGAGGAUACAUAAUGCCAGCUCAUUGCUGGAUUCAAGCCUGGGGCACUGUUUUGUAGAUGGAUUGACACACAAGGAUGAAAAUGCAGUGUACAACUGCUUACGUGCUUAUGCUGCUGUGGACAACACCCGAAACGCUGAAGAGAUAUUUCGUUUAACUGUUGUGACUCCAUUGGUUAAGAAAGCAAUUUCUUACACUUCAUCUGGAGCGGUUGGUGGGUCCACUGGGGAUGAGCUUGAAGAAGACUAUAAACAACUAAAGCACCUCAUUGCUGAAGAUUGUACAUUUUUGUUGCAGAUAUCUUUUACAGAGAAUUCAGGUUUGCAUGUAUUUAGCUUCCUUGCUAAUUCAAUCCUUAAGGAGGUUCUUUCGGCAAUCGAAAAGGGAAAGCCGGGGGCUUUUUCUCCUGGAAGACCUCCCGAGUUUCUUAAAAAUUACAAAUCAAGUCUCGGUUUUCUGGCCUACUUAGAAGGUUACUGUCCAUCCAGAUCUGCAGUCACCAACUUUCGUACAGAGGCUGUAUAUAAAGAUUUCAUGAGCAAAUGGAACACUGGAGUGUAUUUCUCGUUGAGGUUUCAAGAAAUUGCUGGUUCUUUAGAUUCCGCACUUGUCGGUUCUGGCCUCACCCCAAUUCAGAAGUCAGAUUCUCAGCAGGGAAUGACAUUAAAGCAAAGUGUUGCUCUUUUAGAAUGCCUAAGAUCCUGCUGGAGAGAAGAUGUUCUUGUCAUAUCUAUCUCUGAUAGAUUUCUUCGCUUAACUUUACAACUCAUAUCUAGAUAUGUGAACUGGGUUUCAGCUGGACUGUCUGCUCGCCAAACCCGUAACUCAGGCUCAACCUCUCCAUUGGAAUGGGCACUUUCUGCUUCUACGGAUGAUUUUAUUUAUAUAAUUCAUGAUUUAGAUCAUCUGGCUGCCGAGGUUUGUGGCAACUAUGUUGGGCACGUGUUUGAGAUUCUAAGUUCCCACUUUACUGAAGAAGUGCUUGAUCAUGUUAAACAAAGCAUUCUGCAAGGUGGAAAAUCUCUUAGAGAUCUUGUCCCUUCUGUGAUUGAUUCCAUCAUUGAAACGUUAGUUGAAAAGUCCAGUGAGGAAUUGAAACAACUACAAGGGGUAGUUGCUGCUUACAGAAUGACUAAAAAACCACCUCCUGUUCGGCAUUCACAUUACGUGUCAGGGGUUUUGCGUCACUUGAAGGUUUUUCUAGAAGGUGAGCGAGCCACCACAUAUUUGACAGACGACACAAAAGAUAAACUCGUACAAAAUGCUGCAUUCAAGAUUACUGGUUGUUAUCAUGAGGUGGCAGCUGGUAUUGUUAACAUGGUAAGGAAAACUGAGACUUCACUUCAGCGAAUACGUCAAGGAGCCCAGAGGCGAGCCGGAGCUAGCUCAGAUGUCACGGAGCAUAAUGUUUCCGAAACAGAUAGAAUCUGCAUGCAGUUAUUUCUCGACAUUCAGGAAUACGGGCGUAACCUUGCAGCUCUUGGGAUUGAAGCAGCCAAAAUUCCUGCAUAUCGUUCUUUGUGGCAAUUGGUCGCCCCUCAAGAUAGACAAGCAGAAAUUUAAGCUUCUAGUUUAAAGUCUUUUGGUUUUUUUUUUGAGGCGCCCAAUAUACCGAUGGUUGCAUAUUAUAGUAGCUGGAGAGCCAUAUGAUGAGCACAUUUAUGUUGGUUAAUGUCUUUUUUGCUUUCGUGUCAGAUUGAGUUGUCUCAUUACGAUAUAUAUAGGUUUUGGUUGACUUUACUAAUAAUGUGUCAAAGGCAGUUUUGUAACUAGUGUUUUGAUCUAUCAAUGAUUACUCGUAUUAUAUAUUCUUGGUA